AUUUACAUUAAAUUAGAAUCAAUAAUGAUAUUUUUUAAUAUUUAACCAAACGCUAUUUUUUGCGUAAGACGGAACGAUGACAGUUGAAAUUUGAACGUCAAUCUUGUCAAUCUUGUCAAAUCAACACGAAGCGGUUAGUGAUAUUCGAGUUAUUGAAAAAUAGUUCUUAACAUGAUCAAGUUAUGGUUUAAAACAAAUAAACGCUAAACUUAUUUUUGCUACAGAUUAAACGUAAAUAAAAAACGUGAAAUUGUGAAUGUUUGCAAUCUUACAACCUUAAUUAGUGUUUGGAUAAGUAUUAAAGUGCAUAAUUAUAUUGAGUUUUACUGCAGCACUGCGUUUUACACGUUUCGUUCGUUAACUUGAAACCCGUGACAUAAUUUCGGAGACCGGUUUUUGGAAGUUGGAGGUCUAAAGUAUGUUUGUGUGACCUUGCUCUUUAUCAUUAUCAUUCGUAUCGUAAUUCGAACGUCAACUGUGCGUAUUGAGUUAGUACGUUUGGGCAGCUUCAGUGAUAUAACAUCAGUAUUCAGUUCUUAUCAGCAUUUAUUAAAAUGGCUACGAGAUCUCUUCUAAAAACUACGAAAUUAGGCGUUUAUUCAAGACAAUGUUUAAAGGCAUUGGGCCAACAGCGUGCCUUUACAACCAAACUCACCGAACAGCAGCAAUGCAUCCAAGAAAUGACAAGGAAUUUUGCAGAGCAACAUUUGAAACCCAAUGCAGCCAAACAUGACAAAGAAGGUUUAUUUCCAUUUGAACCUAUCAGACAACUAACAGAGAUGGGUCUCAUGGGUGCGUGUGUCAGCGAAGAAUACGGCGGUAUGGGCAUGGACUAUCUAUCUCUGGCAAUAGCAGUGGAAGAGUUAUCCCGCGGCUGCGCCAGCACUGGCAUGAUUCUCUCCAUACACAACUUCCUCUACUUAAACCUGGUAAACGAGAAGGGGACACCAGAGCAAAAGGAGAUGUUCUUGAAGGAUUUCACUCGAAACUCUAUUGGUUGCUUCGCGUUGAGUGAGCCAGGCGCGGGUACAGAUGUAGCAGGAAUAAAGACGAGAGCCACAAAGGACGGUGACUACUGGAUCCUAAACGGCAAGAAGAAUUGGGUCACGAGUGCACUGGAAGGCAAAGCCCUCGUUACUUUUGCUACCAUCGAUCCAGAGCUCAGGCAUAAAGGAAUUGCUUGUUUCCUGGUUCCAGUAGAGACUGAAGGUAUCUUCAGAGGUCAGAAAGAACGCAUCAUGAGCGUCAGCACGUCUGACAGGGCGGCGACAGCAUGCAGCGUGACAUUGGAGGAUAUCCGCGUUCCUAAGAGCUACAUGGUCGGGCAACCGGGUGAGGGAUUCCGGAUUGCAAUGGAACAACUCGACCAGGCUCGCAUCGGUAUCGCCGCUCAUGCUGUUGGUAUCGCUCAGUCAGCGCUCGACACAGCCAUCUCCUAUGCCAAGCAGAGAGUAGCUUUCGGUAAACCACUGACCAGACUACCUUCUGUAAAGGACCGCCUAACGGAGAUGUGUAUGUUAGUGGAGACCGCUCGCCUGGCCACGUACCGAGCGGCCGUAGACGUUAGCACUAAAAACAGUGCGAUGGCCAAGUACUUCGCUGGACGGAACGCCGCCGCUGUCGCAGACCACUGCGUUCAGAUCCUUGGAGGACGCGGUCUAUCCGUCAAUUAUGACGCUGAACGUCAUUAUAGGGACGCAAGAGGCACGCAGAUUUACGGCGGUGUCACAGACAUUCAGAAGAGGCUGGUUGGUCACUUCUUACUAAAGGAGCACGACGCCCUCUGAAUAUACCGGUAACCCACUCUAGUCUAACAAAUACAGGGCCUGUAGAGUACUUGCGUAGCUAACAGACACAUUUAAUUGUAAAUUAUUUUUCUUUAAUCGUAACCUUUAAUUCAUUUAGGAAUUUGAAACAAUGUCCAGGCGAGAUAGCGGUCAAACGCAAGCCCAAUUAAAAAACAAUAAAACGUGAGUUUUUUUA